AUGGCCACCGGCGGCAGGGCGGCGGGAGAGGUGCGGGCAGUGCGGACAGACGAUCCCAGCCAGAACCCCCACAGCAGCGGGGACGGGAGCAGCUGGCCCGAGGCACCUGGCGUAGGGGAGUUCCCCGUGAGGGAGGCUGGGGGCACCGGUGCCACCGGGAGGGGGCAGGGCCUGAGCCGAGGGGACAUCGACUUCGGAGGCUGUGGGAAGAACCGAGGAAAGUUCGUGAAGGUGCCCAGCAGCAUGGCGGCCUCAGCACUCUUUGACCUCCUGCUGAAUGAGUGGCGCCUGCCUGCGCCCAGCCUGGUGGUGUCACUGGUGGGCGAGGAACAGGCCUGCCCCGUGCGGGCACGGCUCCGGGACACACUGCGCAGGGGCCUGGUCAAGGCUGCCCAGAGCACAGGUGCCUGGAUCCUGACGAGCGCCCUACGGGUGGGCCUGGCCCGCCACGUGGGGCAGGCGGUGCGUGACCACUCUCUGGCCAGCACGUCCUCCAGGGCCCGCGUGGUGACUGUCGGCCUGGCCUCGCUGGACCGUGUGCUGCACCGCCAGCUACUGGACCCCGUGCCGGAGGACAGUCCCGUCCACUACCCUGAGGAUGGCGGGGGCAGCCCGGGCCCCCUGAGUGCCCUGGACAGCAACCACUCCUACUUCAUCCUGGUGGAGCCGGGGCCCGGGGGCCAGGACGGGGCCACGGAGCUGCUGCUUCGGCUGGAGAAGCAGUUCUCACAGAGGACCGGCUACGGGGGUGCCGGCGGCAGCAUGGAGAUCCCCGUGCUCUGUCUGCUUAUUAACGGUGACCCCAGCACCCUGGAGAGGAUCUCCAGGGCCGUGGAGCACGAGGCCCCGUGGCUGGUGCUGGCCGGCUCGGGGGGUGUGGCCGACGUGCUGGCCGCCCUCCUGGGUCAGCCCCAGCUCCUGCUACCUCCCGUGGCCGAGAAGCAGUUCCGGGAGAAGUUCCCGGGGGAGCGCUUCUCUCGGGAGGACGUCCUGCACUGGACCCAGCUGCUGCAGAAGAUCGCCGCCCACCAGCAUCUGCUGACCGUCUACGACUUCGAGCAGGAGGGCUCUGAGGAGCUGGACACGAUCAUCCUCCGGGCACUGCUCAAGGCCUGCAAGAGCCAAAGCCAAGAGGCUCGGAACUACCUGGACAAGCUCAGGCUGGCCGUGGCCUGGGACCGCGUGGACAUGGCCAAGAGCGAGAUCUUCAGUGGAGACGUGGAGUGGAAGUCCCGGGACCUGGAGGAGGUGCUGAUGGACGCCCUGGUCGGCGACAAGCCCGAGUUCGUGCGCCUGCUGGUGGACAGUGGGGCGGACGUGGCGGACUUCCUGACUUACGGACGGCUGCAGCGGCUGUACCGCGCGGCGCCCCCCAAGGGGCUGCUCUUCCGCCUGCUGCAGCGCAAGCACGAGGAGGGCCGCCUGACGCUGGGGCUAGGGGCGCCCCGGGAGCCCCCCGCGCCCGCCUUCUCCCUGCACGACGUGUCGCGCCUGCUCAAGGACUUCUUGCAGGAUGCCUGCCGCGGGCUGUACCAGGUGGGCGGGGCCAGGUCGCCGGAGCGGGGUCCAGCCCGGCGGCCCGGCGGCCAGAAGUGGCAGCUGGACUUGAACCAGAAGAGCGAGAAGCCGUGGCGGGACCUGUUCCUGUGGGCGGUGCUGCAGAGCCGCCACGAGAUGGCCACCUACUUCUGGGCCAUGGGCCAGGAGGGUGUGGCCGGGGCCCUGGCCGCCUGCAAGAUCCAGAAGGAGAUGGCGCACCUGGAGCGCGAUGCCCAGGCCGGCCGCGCGCUGCGCGAGGCCAAGUACGAGCAGCUGGCCCUGGACCUCUUCUCCGAGUGCUAUGCCAACAGCGAGGACCUGGCCUUCGCCCUGCUGGUGCGCCGGAACCGCGGCUGGAGCAGAACCACCUGCCUGCACCUGGCCACGGAGGCCGACACCAAGGCCUUCUUCGCCCACGAUGGGGUGCAGGCUUUCCUGACCAGGAUCUGGUGGGGGGACAUGGCCUCGGGGACACCCAUCCUGCGGCUGCUGGGCGCCUUCCUCUGCCCCGCCCUUAUCUACACCAACCUCAUCACUUUCAGGGAGGAGGCCCCUCUGCGGCCGGGCCCGGAGGAGUCGCCGGAGCUGCACAGCCUGGACCCAGAGAAGGAGCUGCUCCGCGGCCCAGGGGCGAAGGAGCCAGCCCCCGACCACAGGGCUCCGGGCGGCCGUGGCCCACAGGCGAUCUUCCUGCUGACACGCUGGCGCCAGUUUUGGGGCGCACCCGUGACCGUGUUCCUGGGGAACGUGGUCAUGUACUUUGCCUUUCUCUUCCUCUUCACCUACGUCCUGCUGGUGGACUUCAGGCCGCCUCCCCAGGGCCCCUCGGGGCCUGAGGUCUCUCUCUACUUCUGGGUCUUCACGCUGGUGCUGGAGGAGAUCCGGCAGGGCUUCUUCACCGACGAGGACACACACCUGGUGAAGAAGUUCACGCUGUACGUGGAGGACAACUGGAACAAGUGUGACAUGGUGGCCAUCUUCCUGUUCAUCGUGGGGGUCAGCUGCAGGAUGCUGCCAGCUGUGUUCGAGGCUGGACGCACGGUGCUAGCCAUCGACUUCAUGGUGUUCACGCUACGUCUUAUUCACAUCUUUGCCAUCCACAAGCAGCUGGGCCCCAAGAUCAUCAUCGUGGAGCGGAUGAUGAAGGACGUCUUCUUCUUCCUCUUCUUCCUGAGCGUGUGGCUGGUGGCCUACGGGGUGACCACGCAGGCCCUGUUGCAUCCGCACGACGGCCGCCUGGAGUGGAUCUUCCGCCGCGUGCUCUACCGGCCCUACCUGCAGAUCUUCGGGCAGAUCCCGCUGGACGAGAUAGACGAGGCCCGCGUCAACUGCUCCCUGCACCCGCGGCUGCUGGAGGACUCCCCCUCCUGCCCCAACCUCUACGCCAACUGGCUGGUCAUCGUCCUGCUGGUGGCCUUCCUGCUGGUGACCAACGUGCUGCUCAUGAACCUGCUCAUCGCCAUGUUCAGCUACACGUUCCAGGUGGUGCAGGGCAACGCGGACACGUUCUGGAAGUUCCAGCGUUUCCACCUGAUCGUGGAGUACCACGAGCGGCCGGCGCUGGCGCCCCCCCUCAUCCUGCUCAGCCACCUCAGCCUGCUGCUCAAGGGGCUGCUCCACGGGGGCGCGCCCAGGAAGCGGGCGCGCCUGGAGCGGGAGCUGCCGGAGCCGCUGGACCAGAGGGUGGUGACGUGGGAGGCCGUGCAGAGGGAGAGCCUGCUGGGCCGGCUGGAGCGGGGGCGGCGGGAACGGCCAGAGCAGCUGCUGGCCAAGACGGCACACAGGGUGGACCUGCUGGCACAGCACCUCGCGGGGCUGAGGGAGCAGGACAAGCACAUCCGAGGCCUGCAGUCCCAGGUCACCUACUGCACCAUGCUCCUGUCCUCCGUGGCCGAGGCGCUGGCCCAGCGCGGGCCUCCCGGGUCUGCCGCCCACGGAGGGCAGGGGGGUGGCACGGAGUCCCCGGAGGCCGGCCGGCCGCCCUCGGACCCCUGAGCCGAUGGAGUGCCACCCACCUCCUCACCAGGACGGGCCCAGAGCACCCGUGAGGGGCCCACCCCGCAUCCUCCCUAAGACCGAGCUUAGCUUCCUACCCCAGGGCGUUGAGUG